AUGGCAUCCCCGCCCGACCAGGCUGGCCCUGCGCCAAACGAUACUGCCCUUUGGCACGUCAUUUCCACUGGCUAUACCUCCCAGUAUGACCUCUCCAAUACUGUUGGCAACGCCCCAGGUUCCGGGUUCACGCAUAUGAGUACCAAUACGGGCCAGGAAGCCACAGACGCCGAUAACAAAGAACAAGUACGGAGUUUCAUCAACCUCCAUGGCCCUGAUCCGUGCCGCCUGCCUGACGGCAUCAACGAAGGUUUCGGUAUCGUCCUUCAGGUCAUCGCUUCCGAUGGCAAUGCAGCCGCCACCAUGACACCACGUCGUUCCGGCCGCUUGAGGAAUAAGCAUGUUGCGAUUUACAAACCACUAAAGCCCGCCGCCGUCACGCAUAAGCGUCCGAAGUCCUCCGGCAAGAAGAAUAAGUCUGCCGCUCCUCCCCCUAGCAACACCGAGGAUCAACCCCUUACCAUCCGUUCGGAAUUAAUCCUCCAGCCUUCGUGGCUCACUGAUGAGCUUUUCGACGCGUCAGUAGAGGAGCUGUGGCUAGUUUAUCGUGAGCUCUGCCACGAAAAAUCUGUCGUUGAGCGCCAUGCCCGGGCACUUGGUAAGGACAUCACCAUGCUUCGCGAGGAAAUCUCUCGCCGCGAAGAUGCCGCUCCUGUGCCUGUCCAUGGUACUAAGUGGGGCUUCUAG